GUGUGAGAGAAAGUGUAGAAUGCUGUGAUUGUGUGUCUUAUGUGUAUGAGAGAAGAGCAGACAUUGUGACCAUAAACUUUUGACUGUGUGUCAAUAUGAGAAAUUGAGGUUGUGUUUCAGAAACUCAACUAAGACUGGAUGAAAGAUUAACUGUACAAGAGUUGGGAUGUAGCACAGUGGUAGAGUAUGCUUGCCUAUUCCAUCUUCAGCACAGCCUCCCCCGCAAAAAAGUCCUGAACAAAAACUUGCAGUGAUCAGCAUGAAAGACUGUUUAUGAGAGGGGAAUGAGAACUGCAGAUAGUUAGUGUCUUACAAGCUGAUGCUGAGCAAGACAGAGUGAAUAACCAAAACGGAGUGUGAGAGACUGUGUAGCCAGGAAACAGGUAGAGACUGUCAGGGACCAGGUGUAAGUGAGAGGCUUUACUGUGAGAAAACAGGCGACUGACUGGUUGUGACUUGUGGAGUGUGAAUGGCUUCUGUGCAAAGCUGUGCGAGGCUAAAGUGUCAGCUAAAGUCAAAGGAAUGUGUGAGUUGAAUUGUGUGAGAGAAAAUGGCUGUAUGUUAUGGACUAAAACCUCUACAAACUGUGAGCUAAGUAAAUCUUUCCUCCCUUAAAAAAAGGAAAAGAAAAAAAUUGACUGAGGGCUAAGAGAUACUGAGAUCCAAGGUACAAGAAUAUGUCUCUGAAAACUUUUCAUGAUGAUUGGAAAAAACCAUAAGAAACGCAAUAGCUGAGGCUAAGAGGCUUUCAUUGUGUACAUGCACUUGUGAACCUGAGACAAGUGGCACCCUGGCUUGUAGUGACUGCAGUCUUUCCACCAGCUCUGGUGAUCCUGAGGGACUAAACUGAUGUAGUAGGUCACAGAAUUGUCCAUGAGGGAGAGAGAAGAAAAAUGUUAAUGAGAGGUACAGAGCAGAAAGGCCAAUAACAGUAGUCAUGGAAAAGAAACUUCACAACUGAGCAGUGUCUAAGAGUGUGAGUCAGGCCAGAGAUACAGCUCAGCAACACAGUGCCUGCCUGGCAAAGCAUUAGGUCCUGAGUUCGAUUCCCAGUACAAAAACAAAGUGUGAGUCUGUGAAAUAUUUCAUAAAACGAAAGAGAGAUCAUAUGUUUGUGAAAAAACAAGAAAAGAAAAAACUAGCUUGAGCCACUGAGACCCUGAGUGACUGUGAUCAGAAUGUGUGAGACACUUAGGAGAUUGUAGUUGUGUGUGUCUAUAAGCAAGCUGACUGGGAGGAACACAGUGGUGUGCAUGACUGACACAGCAUGGACAGCUGAUUGCGUGAGACCUGUGGAGAGUCUGGCAGUAGUUGAGAAUCAGUAUCCGCAUGUAUCAGAAGUACACUAGGUGGUAAGGCAGAGUAAACGAGUGAGCAGGGUUUUUAGAAAUCAGUUGUGUACUUAUGUGUGAAACUCUGUAAAGACUUUUUACAGGCUAGAGCGCAAAAACUUGGAAUGGCGAAAGCUGAGAAGAAAGCUGAGAAGCAGGUAAGGGUAGAGUCGAACACACUGCAAUGACGCAUGCUUGUGAGACCAUUCACAGGAGGCUAUCAAAGGCUAUAAUCAGCAACUGCAGGGGUUUAAAUGGCUUAAGUGAGUAGAGGAAGAGAGAUGGUGAUUUUGUCUGUAUGAAAAACUUCAUAAGAGUCCAGUUAGUAAUGAAUGUAAAUCAGUGACUAUUUAUGGAUGUGAAAAAAUGGCAGACUGAAUGAAAUGACUUGUUAUUAGAGAAUGUGACUUGCGUGUACGUGAAAAACUAACUAAUGAAAAAAUAAACAACGGGGAUGCUGAAUGAGUCAAGCCAUGAGAGAUAACUGCAUGUGAAACUGUUAGAGGAGAUUGUAGUGAGUCUGAGAAUCAAUGUCAGAAAAUGACUUCGUGAGUACGUAAGUGGCAUUGUCUGAGAUUGUGUGAUGGGAUACGUACGUAUUUCAGCUUGUUCAAAAAUAACUAUAGUAGAGGCUGCAAAUCCAGCACUUUAUGUAUACAGGCAAAAAAAAAAUUAAACAUGAGAGAAAGAGACCAGUGUAUUAGAGGCCAUAGAUUGAAUUGCCAGGCCUAGGGAAGAAACCUCUCCUUUGUCUGCUGCCUUCACAGGCCCCUUAGAUUCAGCCCUUUGGGCUGGCACCUCUCAGUUCUCCAAAACUUGAAAUGCUGGGAAUCCCCUGCUUUUUCUUGGGACUUCCUUCCACACCCUCUAAGUGGUCUGAACCAGACCCAGCCCUUGAAAUGCAAAUUAUUCCAUAAGGUGAUUUAUUCUCAAUGUAGACUGUUCCUUUAAGCACUUAGUAAUUGAAUCUCAACUUUUGUUCCUUUGCUUUGUUCAUUCACUUAGUGGACAUUUAUUGAGCAUCUACUGUUUGCUGGUACCCAUCUCCUGGCCCACAGACCCAGCAGUCAAAAUACCAGACAAAAAUCUGUGCCCUUGUGGAACUCAUACUCAGUGAGGGAAACUGACAAGAAACACAUAAAAUACAUUGUAUCAGGUAGUAAUAUAAUAAAUAAGACAAGAUUCUCACAUUCUUGGUUUAAAGAAGGAAUCUGCAGUCAUUUUAAUGCCUAAAUGUGUGUGGGAGAAAAAGUGCAGGUAACGCUCAUCCGCAGGGAAUCCUGUAAGUAUUUAUGUAGUUAAGGAACAAAGGAAAUAUCGAUUAUAACAGUAUUACCAGGGCAACAGGUUAUUAAAUAAAACAAGUAGGCAGAAUUGCAGGUUUCUUGGGGAGUUUGUUUUCAUAGGAUAACACAGGGCUGACAGCUGAAGUCUUAGAAUCUUAACAAGACCCCUUUGUUCAAGGCACACAUUGAGAAACAGUCUUACAUUCUCUGAGAACAGAAUACAUCUGUAAUGGAUACAGAUAUUAACACACACUUUAUUGCCCCAAAAUAAGAACGGUAUUCUUUUUAUUGAUUUUUAUUUUUUUGAGACAGUGUAUUUCUAUGUGGUUCAACUUGCUGGCCUCAAACCAUUGUGUACCAAUGAGCAGUACCCUUGAGAAACUUCUGUCUUGACCCCCCCACCAGAUUAUUUUAUCUUGUUUUAUUGUUUUAUCUUGUUUUUGUAUUUUCUCUGUGAAUGCAGGAGAAAUGAGGCAUUGUCUUCUUGUCUUUCUCAGGCUCCUUUUUGUUAAUUAAAAAGAUUGUUUUUAUGCUUUGUGGUGCUGAAGGAUAAACAUGGGCCUUCACUCAUUAGGCAAGCAGUCUACCAUUGAGCCCCAACCCUAUCCCACAAAAUUGUUGCUUUUACAACGGGCUCUGGAAUUUCACUCAGGGCUAUGAAAAAAAGAAAAUAGCAGGACUGUGGAUCUCCAUUUCACCUACAAAAAAAGUGGGCUGAAGAGGAAUUAAUCAUUAACAGUAAAAGAGAGCAUGUGAGAUUGUUUUCUGUAGCUGAGACCCACAAAGUAAAUUAAGGAUGGAGGGCUAAAAUGGCAGUUCUAAAAGUGGUCAACCAGAAACUUGUUAGAAAUGCACAUUCAGAAUCCCUGGUGUGGGACCCAACAAUCUAAAAUUUUAUCAAGCCUUUUGAUCCUGGUGUACAUAGUGGAGUUUUUUUGUUUGUUUGUUUGUUUUGUUUUUGUCUUUUUGAGACAGAGUCUCGCUAUGCAGUUCAGGCUGGCCUUGAGCUCACUUUGCAGCCCAGGCUGGUCUUGAAUUCAAAAUGAUCCUCCUGCCUUCAGCCUCCUGAGUGCUGGGAUUAUAGGCACGUGCCACCAUGCCCAGUUUACAGUAUGGUUUAAGAUCCACUGGGUUGCUGGAGAUUUAGCUCAGCAGCAUAAGUGCCUUCCUUGCAAGUGCAGGGUUGUGAGUUCCAUCCUUGGAACCAAAAAAAAAAAAAGAUCCACUGGGUUAGAGAGUGACAAAGAUGUCACCCAAGAUGUUCACUGUCUCACCUUUUAGAGUAUAACUCUAGGGGAACAGAAUUUUUUGUCUGGUCUGUUCUCUGUUCCAUCUAAUCCUGAGAGCGACAUAAGGCAUCUGAUAGGUGCUCAAUACAUGUUGAGCAAAUCAAUGUAACAGUUGCCGGGCACUGUGCUAGGAACUUAAAAAUCAAUUCCUAAUCUUUGCACCAAGCCUGACCUGUGUUGUUCGUGCUGUCCCUGUGUAUUUAUAAAAGAGGAAACAGGCUCAGGGACGAGUGGUACCUGCUCAAGGAUAAUCUGAAGGAGCAUGGCAAUACCCUCCUUUUUACCCCUGCCCCAGGGUUUGAAAAUAUCCUCAGCUAGGCCCCCAGGGGAACGGAUAUCCCCAAAUGUGUCCUUUCUGAGUCCCUCCUCACACCAACCCACUUCCUUUUCUCACUUCCUUUGUACUGACCCCCCAUACACACACAUGCUGACCACAGGGAACCUCACUUUGCAGAAGGAGGGCAGGGUUCAGUCAGACUGGAGAAUGAAGCAAUUUCCCCAAUCCAUGCUUCCCCCACCCCAUACGGAGCACCACACUCAGUUCAUCCACACUCAGCAUUGCCAGGGGCUUGACCAAGCCAUUAUGGUUGAGAGUGUUUCUUCCUACAGAUAGGGAAACUAAGGCUCAGAAAGGUUGAUGUGACUUACCCAUAGUCAUCUUCCUCUGGACUCCCAGGCCCCAUUGCCCCUAAAUGAGAAUUUGUCCAAAGGCCAUUGAUUGCUGAAAAGUUGUUGGGUGGAGCAGAGUACAAGGUACUGGAGAUUGGAUGACAAUAAAAUAGGACUAAGGGUAACACAGAAAAUGGGGAGGAGAGAAAAGAGGAGGAGGCAGAGAGACAAGGGAACAGCCAGAGCCAAAGAGGACUGCACAGUGCCCUCCCAGUUCCUCCCGCAGCAGGCAGGUUCCUCUUUGCAGCAACAGGUCAGCUCAGAUCAAGCUGGUCCUCUCUGGCAGAGGUGCAGUGGUGUGCUCAUCAUGACUGCCCCAGUGCAGGUCCCUCAAUCGCUGCUGCUGCUGCUGAUGCUGCUGCUCACCCUGCCGGCCACAGGCUCGGACCCAGUGCUCUGCUUUUCCCAGUAUGAAGACUCCUCAGGCAAGUGCAAGGGCCUCCUGGGGAAAGAUGUCAGUUUGGAGGACUGCUGUCUCAAUGCUGCUUAUGCCUUCAAGGAGCGUGACAAUGGGCACUGCCAGGCAUGCAGGUCCCCACGAUGGUCACCGUGGUCCUCAUGGGCCCCCUGCUCAGUGUCAUGCUCUGAAGGCUCCCAGCUGCGCCACCGCCGAUGCAUAGGCUGGGGUGGGCAGUGCUCUGAGAACAAGGCUCCUGGUACCCUUGAAUGGCAGCUGCAGGCCUGUGAGGAGCAGCAAUGCUGUCCUGAGAUGGGCGGCUGGUCUAACUGGGAACCCUGGGGGCCUUGCACGGUCACUUGCUCCAAAGGAACCCGGAUCCGCCGUCGAGUAUGUAAUAACCCUGCCCCCAAGUGUGGGGGCCACUGCCCAGGAGUGGCCCAGGAAUCGGAAGCCUGCGACACCCAGCAGGUCUGCCCUACCCAUGGCGCCUGGGGUCCCUGGGGCCCCUGGAGUUCGUGCUCAAGCUCCUGUCACGGUGGACCCCACAAACCUGUGGAGACACGAAGCCGCACAUGUUCUGCCCCUGAGCCCUCCAAGAAUCCCCCUGGAAAUCCCUGUCCAGGAACAGCCUAUGAGCAGCAGAGCUGUGCUGGUCUGCCACCCUGCCCAGUGGCUGGGGGCUGGGGACCAUGGGGCUCUGUGAGCCCCUGUUCUGUGACCUGCGGCCUGGGCCAGAUCUUGGAACAACGGAAGUGCGAUAACCCUGUGCCCCAGCAUGGAGGCAGCUUCUGUACUGGUGAUGACACCCGUGCCCACAUCUGCAACACAGCUGUGCCUUGCCCUGUGGACGGAGAGUGGGAGCCCUGGGGUGACUGGAGUACUUGCACCCGCCCGCACCUGAGCGCCAUCCGCUGUAAGGAAAUCGUAGGCCAGCAGACACGCGUAAGGAUCUGCAAGGGCCGAAAGUUUAAUGGCCAGCGCUGCCCUGGGAAACACCAGGAAAUCCGACACUGCUAUAACAUCCAAAACUGCAUCUACCCACAGUUUCCGUCGUCGAAGGCCAGGGUGAGAAGAACGUUACCUUCUGGGGGAAACCAUUGGCGCAGUGCGAGGAGCUGCAAGGGCAGAAGGUGCUGCUGGAGGAGAAACGACCAUGUCUACACGUGCCUGCCUGCAAAGACCCUGAGGAGGAAGAGCCCUAAAACCUCUCUCUCUGCUCUGCCCCCCCUGACAUCCCAGACCUCAAUAAACCAGCCUCUUUGGGCUCUUCUAAGACUCCUUAACGAAGGCAAAGCAACCUAGCCCCUGUCCCAGAAAUGGAGCAAUAGUAUCUUCUAGAGCAAAAUGUCAAGCAGCCAGUUGAGGGAAACAGUACUCUCCUUGGAAGUCCUGAAAGUGAGUCUCCAUCCCAAAGCUCCUUUCUCUACUGCCCUAAGGCAGUACCUCACUAGGGCCCCAGGGCACCCAGCAAGUUCCUCUGCAGAUCUCUGGUUGAAAAGUGUCUUGAUUGGCUACUGGCCCUGGCAGACACUUCUUGAUUGGCCAGCAUGCUGGUUCGUUGCAGUCUUCUGGCCUUCUGAAGCUCUCUAGGUGGCCUGCUAAAGCCUCCCUGCUGACCAAUUGCGUUCAGCUAACCCAGAACCACCGCAGAGAGGCGUGGCUAGCAUUGGCACCCUGCAGCUCAAACACCUGCACCUACCCACUCGCAACAGCCCAGCUCCAACACCACAAUUACAGGCGACAAAUAGUUCCUUGAGGCGGGGGUGGGAGGGCGGCUGAUGAAGUGGCUGUGAUAUGCUGUGAGCUGGAGCAGAGGCUGAGAGCAGUUACAGCAUCCACAGGGAGGAUCCCCCAGGGCAAACCCAGAUGCUAAUUGCUUUCACCUAUGUCCAUUUCACUGAACAUACUAGCGUUCACUGUAGGUUAGAACUAAGGCUAGACAUCUGAGGUGAAGGAGGGCUGGCAGAAGGAGUACAUCUGAGCCAGGGAACAGACACAGAAUAGGCAUUCCUUUAGUUUGAACAUUUAUUUGACACUUAACAUCUACUGUACACGAACAAUAAUGCUGGACAUCAGGGGACAUAGGAAGAGAAAUCAAGAGCAGCACAUGUCUCUCUAAGAAACAGUGAAGGAGGCAAUAAAACACCACUGCUCUUAGCAUUUGUGCAUUCAUUUACCACUCACAGAAUGCCAAGCCCCCUGCGAUGAGACACAUGGGAAUCAUAAUAAUUAUGGUAAUAGCUGGCACUUAGAAAGUAGUUACUAUCCACCUGGUAGUGUCUUGAAGCUUGAACACAUUCAAUCCACAGCAAACCAUGGAAGUCAAUAUUACCCCCAUUUUACAAAGGAAGAAACAGGCACAGAUAGCUAUGGAGCUGGGUGUUUUUGAAGCACCAGUGUAGUGUGGCCUUAAAUAUCAGGAGCAGAUUUCAAGACUGUUUCAGUGGGUGAAGGGAAUCCUUCUGUGCAUGAAGGUUCAGAAGGUAGGUUUUUGGUGCCUGGCAUCUUGUCAACAUGCUCAUUU